CAGUUUCUUCUUCUCUUCUUUUAUAUGUUUUUUUGACUAAGAAGUCAACCCAUUUUUUUCAAUCGUUGACAAAUAUGCGCACGUGGCACUCGGAUUUCUCUUCCUCGCUAUCCUUUACCAAACCCGAGCAUGGCUACUCUUGUUUUCAUGGCUUUCCCAAUCCCCUCACCAAUACAACCUCCACUCCUCUCCACCACCAUCACAUCUAUCACGCGCCGCUCCCUUCUUCUCUCCACCGCCCUCUCUCCCCUCCCCGCCAUCACCUCCUCGCCACCACUUGACACCAAAAUCACCGACCGUGUUUUCAUGGACUUCUCCAUCUGCCCCAACUACUCCCGGUCCGACCGCACUGUUUCAGACUCUCUCCCUUCAAUUUGCGCUGACACAACACCAUUAGGUCGCGUCGUUAUCGGCCUCUAUGGCCACCUCGUCCCCCUCACUGUCUCCAAUUUCAAGACCAUGUGCACCUCCUCCUUGCCCUCAUACAAGAAUACUCUAAUUCACAAGAUAUUUCCUGGCCAGUUCUUCCUCGCCGGCCGCCAGGGGAUAAAGGAGAAGGGCGAAUUGCACCCGCCUUUGGAUUUGGCCCGCAACACUGAGUCCGUCGAUUCGCGGGCUUUCUUGCUUAGGCAUUCGCGGCCGGGAGUAGUGUCGCUGUGCUUGUCGGAGAACGACGACGAUGAUGAUGUAAAGCUCGACCCGGAUUAUCGGAAUGUGGAGUUCUUAAUCACUACUGGACCGGGUCCUUGUCCUCAAUUGGAUAACAAGAACAUCGUAUUUGGGACAGUCCUUGAAGGACUGGAUGUUGUGAGAGAGAUUGCUUCGAUCCCUACAUACAAACCAUCUGAAAGGAUUCGCCAAUUCAACGAUUUGGCCGAGUUUCUUGGAGAUGAAAGAGCCCAAAAUGCUCGUGCAUUGUGGAACAAGCCUCUAAAAGCUGUUUAUAUAAGUGAUUGUGGAGAGCUCAAGGUGACAAACCCUUCUCUUUCUCCCAGUCUUCCUUAAUUCCGGCUCCCUAUGGUACCUAUAUGUUUAUUUGUUUCCUUCCUUCAUGUAAUUCUUUCUUCUUCAUAUGAUUUGUACCUGUCCUGAAGUAUCAAUAACAGUGUCCAUAUCUCUCCAUCUGUUUGAAUUCAUUAUGCGACUGUAUAACAACUAGUAUUCUUGGCUCACAAUCCUGAUGAUGAAACAGCUGCUCGAUUCUGGAUCGA